UUUAAUUCUUCGCGAACCGCGAUUCUUUACUUUCGUACAUCUGCGUAAACAAAUGACGAAUGAUCGGCAUACUCGAUUAGAUUAUCAGACCGAUCUGGAGUUAAGUCGCGACGAGUUUGUUGAAUAAGUUGGUGGAGAACGCGUUCGCAAACUUAAUAAUAUAUGGGAGGGAGGGGGUGAGUAAUACAAGUGGAUACAAAUCUGCUCCGAUAAUCGAAAUGAAAAAGAGAAGAAGCACGUAAUCGCAUCUGGAUUAAUUAUAACAACAUAAACAUGAAGACUGAAAUGGAAGCGGAGUCCGAAUGUGCGGACGACGUUCUGUGUCCAAACAACAACAACAACAACAAUAACAACAAUAACAACAACAACAACAACACGAGCAAUAACAAUAAUGUAGUGAAGAAAAGCGGCAACGAUAACGGAUACGACACCAUGGAAAUGGACUGCGGCGGUUGCGGAGAGAGCGUACGCGAACGCACCGUCCUGUGCGUAGGAGGCCGUACUUGGCACUCCAGAUGCCUAAAGUGUUGUGCCUGUGCACGACCCUUGCACGAUCAGCACUCGUGCUUCCUGCGCGGCAUGCGACUGUACUGCAGACAUGAUUACGUUCUAACCUUCGGCGCCAAGUGCGCGAAAUGCGGGCGCAGCGUGGGCGCGGGCGAUUGGGUGAGAAGGGCCAAAGACAGGGUUUAUCACUUGGCGUGUUUCGCCUGCGACGCCUGCUCCCGCCAAUUGUCCACGGGGGAACAGUUCGCUCUCCUGGACGCCCGGCUGCUUUGCAAGGCCCACUACCUGGACGUAGUUGAGGGCAACAAUACAUCCUCCUCGGAGGACUGUGAUUCUGAGCACGGCGGCAAGGGCAGCAAGACAAAGCGCGUGAGAACGACCUUCACCGAGGAGCAGCUCGCGGUGCUUCAGGCUAACUUUCAGCUGGACAGCAAUCCCGACGGCCAGGAUCUCGAGAGGAUAGCCCAGGUGACCGGUCUCAGCAAACGGGUCACGCAAGUCUGGUUUCAGAAUUCCAGAGCGAGGCAGAAAAAGCAUAGCGGCAAAAUUAAGACUCAAAUGCAUCAUUCGCCACCGAUACAGCAUCAUCCCGAUCUAUAUUCCGGCGCGGUCAACGUGGUCGGCGCUUAUCUGGGCGGUUAUCAGGUUGCCAAUGCUGGCAGCGAGAGUCCUGGCAGCCCGUUAACGCCUCUCACACCCUUGACACCGCUCACACCGACGACGCCGAAUCAUCUGCAGGCCCAAUUUUGCCAUCAAACGGGAUAAUUGGAGACGCGAGAGUUCCGUUCACCAGUCAUAUUAACGAUUAAACUCUCUACCAAUAUUUUCGGGAGAAUCGAUCUUCUCCACCGAAUCUUGUAUAUAUUGACAAAGUGUAAAGUAAACGCGUAUUAAAAAUUAAGCUUAUUUAUUCCAAACUCGUUGUAACAAGUUUACGUGUACUUGUGACAGUAUAUUAAAUUUCUUAGGCGGAAGAAGGAGAAACAACUCGGACUAAUGCGUUAUUGUGUCUUUCUUUCAAAUACGUAGUUAGAUAUUCUUCAUAUCCAUGAUACGACGUUGUAUAUAGACGAAUUGUAGCUUUUGUACAUAUAAUCUGUUUCUUUUAAUAUAGAAAUAUCGAGACAAGUUUUAUGAACGAGAAUUUGAUAACGUUUCCCCGUGUCGCGCAUUCAUCACUGCAAUA